AUGAUGCGCGCCGCGUGGGGGGCGCUGGCGGCGCUGGCGGCCGUGGCGUGCCUGGCGGGCGCGGCGCGCGGCGGGCCCGGGCCGGGGCUCAGCGCGUUCGCGGGCCAGGCGGCGCCGCCCGACCCCUGCUCGGACGAGCACGGCCACCCGCGCCGCUGCAUCCCGGACUUCGUGAACGCCGCCUUCGGCAAGGAGGUGCGCGUGUCCAGCACCUGCGGCCGGCCGCCCGCGCGCUACUGCGUGCUGAGCGAGCGCGGCGAGGAGCGGCUGCGCGCCUGCCACCUCUGCAACGCGUCCGACCCGCGCAGGGCGCACCCGCCCGCCUUCCUCACCGACCUCCACAACCCGCACAACCUCACGUGCUGGCAGUCCGAGACCUACCCGCAGUUCCCGCACAACGUCACGCUCACGCUGUCGCUGGGCAAGAAGUUCGAGGUGACGUACGUGAGCCUGCAGUUCUGCUCGCCGCGGCCCGAGUCCAUGGCCAUCUUCAAGUCCAUGGACUACGGGCGCACGUGGGUGCCCUUCCAGUUCUACUCCACGCAGUGCCGCCGCAUGUACAACCGGCCGCCGCGCGCGCCCAUCGCCAAGCAGAACGAGCAGGAGGCCGUGUGCACCGACUCGCACACCGACAUGCGGCCGCUGCAGGGCGGCCUCAUCGCCUUCAGCACGCUGGACGGGCGGCCCUCGGCGCACGACUUCGACAACUCGCCGGUGCUGCAGGACUGGGUCACGGCCACCGACAUCCGCGUGGCCUUCAGCCGCCUGCACACGUUCGGCGACGAGAACGAGGACGACCCGGAGCUGGCGCGCGACUCGUACUUCUACGCCGUGUCCGACCUGCAGGUGGGCGGCCGCUGCAAGUGCAACGGCCACGCGGCCCGCUGCGUGCGCGACCGCGACGACGGCGGCCUGGUGUGCGACUGCCGGCACCACACGGCGGGGCCCGAGUGCGACCGCUGCAAGCCCUUCCACUACGACCGGCCCUGGCAGCGCGCCACGGCCCGCGAGGCCAACGAGUGCGUGGCCUGCAGCUGCAACCUGCACGCCCGGCGCUGCCGCUUCAACAUGGAGCUCUACAAGCUGUCCGGGCGCAAGAGCGGGGGCGUCUGCCUCAACUGCCGCCACAACACGGCCGGCCGCCACUGCCACUACUGCAAGGAGGGCUACUACCGCGACAUGGGCAAGCCCAUCACCCACCGGAAGGCCUGCAAAGCCUGCGAUUGCCACCCCGUGGGUGCUGCUGGCAAAACCUGCAACCAAACCACCGGCCAGUGUCCCUGCAAGGACGGCGUGACCGGCAUCACCUGCAACCGCUGCGCCAAGGGCUACCAGCAGAGCCGCUCCCCCAUCGCCCCCUGCAUCAAGAUCCCCGUGGCGCCGCCCACCACUGCAGCCAGCAGCGUGGAGGAGCCGGAAGACUGUGAUUCCUACUGCAAGGCCUCCAAGGGGAAGCUGAAGAUCAACAUGAAGAAGUACUGCAAGAAGGACUAUGCCGUGCAGAUCCACAUCCUGAAGGCGGACAGGGCGGGGGACUGGUGGAAGUUCACGGUGAGCAUCAUCUCCGUGUACAAGCAGGGCGCCAGCCGCAUCCGGCGUGGUGACCAGAGCCUGUGGGUCCGCUCGCGGGACAUCGCCUGCAAGUGUCCCAAGAUCAAGCCCCUCAAGAAGUACCUGCUGCUGGGCAACGCGGAGGACUCUCCGGACCAGAGCGGCAUCGUGGCCGACAAGAGCAGCCUGGUCAUCCAGUGGCGGGACACGUGGGCGCGGCGGCUGCGCAAGUUCCAGCAGCGCGAGAAGAAGGGCAAGUGCAAGAAGGCCUAG